AACCUUAACUUUUCGCCACUUUCAGACACACUCACACGACAGUACACCAAAGAACAAAGAUAAUAAACAAAGAUUAUAUCUUAGAAAACUUUUACUAUACAACGAACCAAACACACCCUUAAUAGCAAAACCACCAUUUCUUCGUCUUUUUGAAGUUAGGUUAUUGUCUCUGACUUUUUUAGUGGAGGCUUUGGAUCUUGAAAUCUGGGGCAGGGAAUGUGGAAUCUGGCGCCAUUUGCAGCGUCGAGACUGAGCCGAUCGAGGCGGUUGUUCUCUUCGGCGAUUCCUGGUCCUUGUAUUAUUCACAAGCGUGGUGCUGAUAUUCUUCAUGACCCUUGGUUCAAUAAGGAUACUGGCUUUCCUUUGACGGAAAGAGACCGACUUGGGCUCCGAGGUCUGCUUCCACCUCGUGUGAUAUCAUUUGAGGAGCAAUAUGGUCGUUUCAUGGAAUCAUAUCGCUCAUUGGAGAAAAAUACUAAGUGCCAACCAGAUGGUAUUGUUGCUUUAGCAAAAUGGAGGAUCUUAAAUAGAUUACAUGACAGGAAUGAAACACUAUACUACAGAGUCCUUAUUGACAACAUCAAAGAUUUUGCUCCAAUAAUUUACACCCCAACUGUGGGACUAGUAUGUCAAAACUACUGUGGGCUGUUUAGACGGCCACGUGGAAUGUAUUUCAGUGCGAAGGAUAAAGGCGAGAUGAUGUCUAUGAUAUAUAAUUGGCCAGCUCAACAGGUUGAUAUGAUAGUCCUGACUGAUGGCAGUCGUAUUCUUGGCCUUGGUGAUCUUGGAGUUCAGGGUAUCGGAAUACCUAUUGGAAAACUUGAUAUGUAUGUUGCUGCUGCUGGUAUCAACCCACGAAGGAUACUCCCAGUUAUGCUAGAUGUUGGUACUAACAAUCAAAAGCUACUUGAAGACCGUCUUUAUUUAGGACUAAGGCAACCUAGGUUGGAAGGGGAAGAAUAUCUAUCAAUUGUUGAUGAGUUCAUGCAAGCAGUUUUCAGACGUUGGCCUAAGGCUAUUGUACAGUUUGAGGAUUUUCAAAUGAAGUGGGCCUUUGAAACUCUGGAACGCUAUCGAAAAAGGUUUUGCAUGUUUAAUGAUGACAUACAGGGAACUGCUGGAGUUGCACUUGCUGGAUUGUUAGGAACUGUAAGAGCACAAGGUCGAUCAUUGGCCGACUUUCCAAACCAGAAGAUAGUUGCGGUGGGAGCUGGGAGUGCAGGGCUUGGCGUUCUUAGCAUGGCCAUGCAUGCUGUCACGAGAAUGACAGGAAAAGGCGAAACUGCUGCACAGAACCUUUUCCUACUUGAUAAAGAUGGUCUUAUCACUAAAGAGAGGAAGAAUCUUGAUCCAGCAGCAGCACCUUUUGCUAAAGAUCCAGGACAGAUAGUGGGACUUAGAGAGGGGGCUUCUCUACUUGAAGUGGUUAAAAAGGUCAAACCUCAUGUGCUUCUUGGUUUGUCUGGAGUUGGCGGUGUAUUCAAUGAAGAGGUGCUCAAGGCCUUGCGUGAAUCCGAUUCAAUUAAACCUGCUAUUUUUGCGAUGUCAAAUCCCACCAUGAAUGCUGAAUGCACUGCUGCUGAUGCAUUUAAGCAUGCUGGAGAAAACAUAGUCUUUGCCAGUGGAAGCCCUUUUGAAAACGUCCAUCUUGGUAAUGGAAAACUGGGCUAUGUAAAUCAAGCAAAUAAUAUGUACCUAUUCCCAGGGAUCGGUUUGGGAGCUUUGCUCUCAGGUGCUCGUUUUAUAACCGAUGGAAUGUUGCAAGCUGCUGCUGAAUGCCUUGCAUCUUAUAUGACUGACCAGGAAAUCCAAAAGGGCAUCUUGUAUCCAUCUAUCAAGAGUAUUCGACAUAUCACAGCAGAGGUUGGAGCAUCUGUCCUGCGAGCUGCUGUUGCAGAGGAAUCGGCAGAAGGGCAUGGAGACGUGGGUCCCAGAGAACUGGCUCACAUAUCAAAAGAGGAGACGGUGGAAUACGUAUGUAGAAAUAUGUGGUACCCUAUUUACAGCCCACUUGUUCAUGAGAAGUAG